CUCUUUGCGCCCUUGUGUGGAGUAGAUCGGUAUGCUUGCUGAAGGGAUGGCAAUACUUUCGCUGAGGUCAUGACCUCGGCUCAGGCUAGGGCCAAGAGUUAGUAAUCCCAUAAAACCCAGCCACAGAAACCCUACAGGAUGCCCGGCGUGGGAGGGGUGGGUGCUUUGGGAAACCCAGGGCAUCUUCCUCCCUGGCCGACGUUUACACGGCUGCAGAUUUUCUAGGGUCGUGGACCUGUCACACCCCUCCUGGAUGGCUGGCUCCACGGCAAAGCGGCCCACCUCGGCCUAGCAGCAGGGCUUGGAACCUCCAUCUUCCUCCGCAGGAUUCUGCGCGCGAGAGGAACCCAGUCGGCUCCGCGUCGCCACCCGGGCCUCCAGCACUUCCAACGAGCCAUGUUCCAGGCUGCAGGAGCCGCCCAGGCCGCCCCCUCUCAUGAAGCCAAAAGCAGCGGUGGGAGCAGCACAGUGCAGCGCUCCAAGUCCUUCAGCCUGCGGGCUCAGGUGAAGGAGACCUGCGCAGCCUGCCAGAAGACCGUGUACCCCAUGGAGCGGCUGGUGGCAGACAAGCUCAUUUUCCACAACUCUUGUUUCUGUUGCAAGCACUGCCACACCAAGCUCAGCCUGGGCAGCUACGCGGCACUGCACGGUGAAUUUUACUGCAAACCCCACUUCCAACAGCUGUUUAAGAGCAAAGGCAACUACGAUGAAGGCUUUGGCCGUAAACAGCACAAAGAGCUCUGGGCCCACAAGGAGGUGGACUCGGGCACCAAGACGUCCUGAGGUCCCUCUAUCUGUCCACUCCCUCCGCACAGGGCCUAGAGCUGGCCAGUGGGAAGGAGUUCUAGAGCUGGGCUUGUAGAGGGAAGGGGUGGGGAAGGAUGAAGCCUCUCAGGCAGGUUUCAGACAUGCAGCUCUGCUCCAGGAUUCCUUCUCCCUUCGACGGUGGGGAUUUGAGAACCAGGAUUGGGGUUUGCUCAGCACCCUGUUUUCCUUCAGCCAACCCCACCUCAUCCCAUGGCCCCCUGGGAGGCCCACAAGCCCAGCUUCCAUAUCUAGGUGCCUUUUCUCCAGCCAGGAGUCAGCAUGCCCUCCUCAGGGUCCCAAGCUCCCUCACUGCCACCUGGGCCUGUGUGUCCCCCAUGUCUCUCCAUCUACCUCCACCCUUAGCCUGGUCCUGAGCCACAGAGACUGGAAGAGGGAGAGUACCACCUGCUGGGCCUCAUAGAUGCCACUGUGCUGGUGGGGGUGGGGAAGUGACAAGACAGGGCCUGCAGCCUUGGAUUUUGAGCCCCUUGCACCACAAAGCUAAAGCUCUUGCCAGGCUAGAGCCUCAUCUGCUGAUGGGGUCGGCAGCAGCCAUUCUCCUCUCUUCAUUGUUUUGCUGUUCUGUUGUGAUCAACCCUGUUUUAAACAUGUUUAAACAGA